CAUUUGAGUUCAGUAACAACCUGGUUGAAAGAAGCUCAAGUUCAGUCGUAAUGCAAAACAAGAAGAAUGUCGAAGAGCGAAUCGAAGACCUCAUGAAGACCACAAUGCCAGUACUUCCGGUUAACUCGUUUGUAGAGUUUGUGUCGACAUAUGAACCAGAGAGUUUGAGUUUGGGAUUUACAAAGUUCAGCAAAACAGAUGUACAGGGAUCGACCGUGGAAGGACUGGUUAAGAAUUUCCGAUUUGGUGUAGAAACAGAGCUUCUAAUUCGUCCUAAAACAAGCGAAGGAGAAAUCAGAAACACUCGACACACAGAUCGUAUCGAAGUACACAUAGGGCCUGCGGAUCAGGUGACAAGUUUGGUGACAAGUGAAAGAGAAGAUGGAGGGUUUCAGACAAAGUUUGUGGCAAAAGUACCAGGUACUUAUGAAAUGGAAUUAAAGAUAAAUGAACAGAAACUUGCCAAGAGUCCGUUUUCUAUUUUCCUCAAAUCACGAGAGUUUGACGUUAUAGGAAAGUUGGACUCUCAUGGAGAAAUGCUCCAGGGUCCAACUGGCAUUGCAGUGAACAGUAAAGGAGUUACUGCUGUGGCUGAUGUCGAUGGUCAUUGUAUCAUGGUAUUUGACGACACAGGAAAAUUUGUACUAACACUUGGUGUUUAUGGAGACAAGGUCGGACAAUUUGACAAUCCCACUGACGUCACAUUCGUAAAUGAUGACGAGAUCCUGGUGGCAGAUGAAUGUAAUCACCGAAUACAGCGGUUUAAUAUACAGACAGGGAAAUGUGUGAAAAGCUUUGGAAAAGAGGGAAGUGGAGACGGAAAAUUAAAGUUUCCCACUAGUGUUUGCAUUACUAGCGAUGGACGUUUUAUCGUGGUAGUGGAUAAUGGUAACAGUAGAAUUCAGAUGUUUACAAUGGAUGGUAAACCUGUGUUGAAGUUUGGAGACGGCGGCCCAGAAAGGCUGGAUCAACCACUUGGCUGCGUUUGUUACGAGGACAAGUUCAUUGUGACUGACAGAAAAAAUGACUGUGUGAAAGUGUUUGAUGAGGAAGGACAAUUUUUGUACAAGUUUGGAGAAAAAGGAAACGGUGAUGGACAAUUGGCUCAGCCGUAUGGCUUAUGUACUGACAAGGAUGGCAACGUGUUAGUAUGUGACAUGUUGAAUAAUCGCAUUCAAAUGUUUUCACUGGAAGGAAAAUUCAUUCGGAAGACAAGUACUGAUCUUAAAAUACAAUUUCCUUGGGGUGUUACCACAACGCCAGAUGGACAAAUUUUGGUCACAGACUACAACGGAUUAGAAGUGUAUACUCUAAAAUGAUGGUAUUUUUACAUUUUUUUUAAGUGAAAAUCAAUUCUUCGUAAACAAACCUG